AAAAAAAAAAGGCUGCAGCUAACGUUGCCUUUUGUGAAGCAGCUGAGAGAGAGCAGGAGGGCGGCUGUGUGCAGCAUGAGUGCCCGCGAUCUGUGCACGCUGCCCCGAGCGGACCGUUGCUGUUGAGAUGGAGUCAAUGUUUCUCAGUCUCUCCCUGAGUCUAGUCUUUAUAGUAGCAGGAUGGGGAAACAAGACUGGAAUGGCCCUGGCAACGUAUCACAGGACCUGCAAACUAAUGCACAGAGCUGUGGAUUGCAAUGGGAGAUGGCAAGGCACAGUCCCGGCAGACCUCCCAGCUGACAUAGAGGUGCUUUUCCUGGAUCACAACACUAUACGGACCCUAAAGAAUACCUCUCUGCAGCAAUACCAAAACCUGGAGACACUGAGCCUACGUGAGAACAGACUGGAACUCAUUGAACCUGGGGCCUUCCUUGGCAGCAGAGACCUCAAAAAUCUCUCCUUGGCAGACAACACCCUCUUUACAAACUACUCUGUGACGGCUGCUGCUCUUCGCUCCUUACCAGCCUUGAGGAAACUGGACCUGUCUGGGAAUCAUCUCACUGAGGACAUGGUGGCUACCAUGCUCUGCAACCUGUCCUCCUUGGAGUCCUUGUCAAUGGCCAGGAACAUCAUAAUGCGCUUGGACUCCUCUGUCUUUGAAAGCCUGAACCAGCUGCAGGAGCUGAACCUGGAGAAGAACUACAUCUAUGAGAUCGAGGGGGGCACCUUUGAAGGCCUGCAGGGCCUGCAGAUGCUUAAUCUGGCCUACAACUACAUUCCCUGCAUCGUGGAGUUUGAUCUGACCCAGCUCAAGAUACUUAAUGCCAGCAACAACAUCAUCGAGUGGUUCCUGGCUGUAGAGGGUGAUGCUGUCUUUGAGCUGGAGACGCUAGAUCUCUCCCACAACCGGCUCCUGUUCUUCCCGCUACUACCAAGACAGAGCAAACUGCGCUCCCUGCUGCUGAGGGACAAUGAAAUGAGCUUUUAUCGCAAACUUCCCAAUGCUACAUCCCUCAUGGAUGUCACAGUGCAGUUCCUUCUCAUAGAGGGCAAUACCACUAAUGUCACUACCCUCAGUCUCUGGGAAGAGGUCAGCCUGAGCAAUCUCUCUUCCUUGAGCUUUCUGGAUAUGAGCCAGAACCAGUUCCGGUACCUCCCUGAUGGCUUCCUGGGAAGGAUGACUUCCCUCUCCCAUCUGAAGCUUAACCAGAACUGCUUAGAGACCCUUCACAUCCAGGAGAGAGAACCCCUGGGCAUGCUCACGGACCUUGAUCUCAGCGAGAAUCAGCUCUCAGAACUGCAGGUGGAUCUAGGUUCUGAAGGCACCCUGCCAAACCUUAGAUCAUUUAAUCUGAGUACCAAUAGGUUGCACAGGGUGCCACCUAACAUUUUCACCCACACAGAGAUCACUACAGUUGACCUCAGUCACAACCACAUAGACCUCUGUCCCCAGCAAGCUAAUGCAGAUGGGGCUGAAUAUCCCAUCUGCAUAGACUUAAGGAAUGUAACAUCCCUCAGGAAACUUUACUUGGCUGGGUGUGGCCUGGAAAUGGUGGCCAGCAAUACUUUCAGUGGGACACCACUAACACACUUAGAUCUGUCUAACAAUCCGAGAGCACUCACUAGGGGCCUACAACCUCUAAAAGAUAUUGCACUAAUGCUGCAGGUUUUAUCUCUCAGGAACACUGGCCUCUCUUCCGCCAUGGAAGACAUUGACUUCUCUGGCUUUCAGAACUUGGUAAGUUUGGACCUCUCUGAAAACUCCCUGACCAACUUCUCAGAGUCCUUGAGCGGUCUGAAACUGCAUACCCUGGAUCUCCGGAGAAACUGUCUUCCCUCUCUUCCACAGCACUCAAUGCAGAAGCAACUUGGGAGGAGUCUGAGUGUGCUCUACCUCAGCCACAACCCAUUUGACUGCUGCAAGCUGGAGUGGUGGGACUUCCUUCACAGUCUCAGGACAGUGCGUGUUGUGGACAGGGGGCAGGUCACCUGCAACUACUCUUCUAACAUUAUUAAUACAGUGGGGCUGCCUGAGUCUGUGCUCCAGAGCUGCAGGCGGAUGACAGUGAAUAUGGCUUUGUUGUACCUGGUGCUUACUCUCCCUGCCUGCCUGACCCUGCUAGUUGCCUUUGCUGUCAUCUUCCUUACUUUCAAGCACAAGCUACUUCAAAUGGUGAAAAACCAGUACAGAGUGUCCAGCCCAUACUGAUCUCUGUGGGCAAAGGAGUAGGCUGCUGGCACACAGAAUGCAGGCAGAGUAGUAACUCUGUGAUCUCUGUGAGGGGCCGAGAGCAGAGUGAGCAGGGGUGCUUUGGAGAAAGCGGCCAGGAUUCUGGCUCUCUGAUGUUCUCAUUGCUGCCUUUUGAGUGCAUUGCUUCCUGGUGCAUGUUCUCCCUUUGCUCUGGGCAGGGGUAGGGCCUUCUGCCGGGAAGCACAAUGGAGGCACUUGGAGUUUAACACUGGGAGCACAGGGUUCAACAUGGAGUCAGAAGGCAAGAGAAUGGAGAAUUAGUGAUUGGAGUAACGAAAAUGGAUUUUAAGACACUGAAAAUGAGUAAAUGGGAGAGAAAUUCAGAAGGGAAAGGUGAGGAUCAUGAUGAGGAAGAGCUGAACAUAAAAUUAGAAAGGACAAAUAUUAAGAAAAACCAAUGAAGCUGCUGAAAAGUGGACUCAUUGGAUGCCAGGGAGUGAGAGGCAGGUGAGGUCUAUCACACUUUGCUAGAGGCUUCACUGGUGGCUAAGGAAGGGAGUUCAGGGUAUAUAAGUCCUGUGACAUAUAAAGCAAAUAUGCAUAUGUAUACACUAUAAAUAUAAACCAAUGAAGCUGCAGUUCUGAGUUAAGGCCUAAAGGGAUCUAUUUUCUCCUAAUUGGAAACAUAAAUUCACAUUCAUGACAAUUUACUUGAAUUUAUGUUGAAAUUGAACAGUCUUGGCUAAUCAGAGUGUGAGGAUGUACAGUUGCUUUUCCCUCCCCAUUGUCACCCUCAGACAUUAUACAUUUAUUCAUCACCAUAGUAUCCAGGAGAUGUAUGGUUUUCUGUUAUACAAAAACUGUUUUACAUGUAUAUAAUCCCCUGAAUGCUGAUUAGCAGAAUGGGGAUUCGUUUGCAUAAGGACUAAUUAAUUCUCAGUUGAGUAAAUGAAAAUAUUGUAUAUGUAUUAUGUGCAAAAUAGAAUAUGCAGGUUGAGUGUGAGAGUGAAAAUCCUCAUUCUAUAUAUUGCAAUGUGGUUAUUGCUCAACCAGUAUUUCAGAGUUAAAUAUCUAGCCCAUUUAAAAUCAUUUGGUCAUCUUUGUAAAUUAACGAUCAAAGUUAAACUGCAUAGAUGACCCCUUGUUAAACUUUACUUUUUUAAUCAACUCAUUUUGAGCUGUGUAAUGUAAAAAAAAGUCCCCAUCACCUCAAUGAUUAAACUUUGAAGUACACACUUUAGUUAAUGUUUUUUGAGGGUGAGGCUUUAUUAAAAGAAACAAACCCAGAAAUGUUUUUCCCUUGGAUAUGACUUAAUAUGUCAAAUUCCAAUCUGUGAUUGUUUCAGAUUUUCACCUCUUAAAAAAAAAAAGGUCAAAAGAGAUUUGAAACUGGAACCCAUAUCCACAGCAACAAUAACAGCAGUGAGAGAACACAUCUAACAUAUUUACAUUUUGGUCUCUAUAGAAAGAAGCACAUGACAACUGAAUGGAAUUGGCAGCUGUUCUUGACUUACAAACACAUACAAGUGAUGAUUAGAUUUGUUUGAUAAGAUGUGUAGAACAAUACACUUGAACAUUUCUAGGCUAUCCACUGUGGUGUCAUUAAUUAUGCUUAAGUAGCUAUCCCAAUUAAAGAAGAGGCCAUUUAAAAAAAACAGGUCGGGAAUAAUGUAAAAUUGAA